AUGGGAGUAAUAAAGGAUGGAACAAUCUCAGGGGUUGUAUCAGAACCUCGAGGAUUUUUGGUGCAUUAUCCUGCUUAUCCUUCGUCUAUCUCUCGAGCUGUUGACACUCUUGGCGGAAUUCAAGGCAUCGUCAAGGCUCGCAGUUCACAAUCAAACAGAUUAGAGUUCCGUUUCCGUCCCGAAGACCCGUAUUCACACCCUGCAUUUGGGGAGCUUCGUCCCACCAACUCUCUGCUUCUCAAAAUUUCGAAAAGAAAGUCUCCAUGUGUUCAUGAUGUCGGAGAAGCUUCCAGCAGCUCCGGAGUGAAAAAUGGGGAGCAAGAAAAUCAACCGGAAAGUGAGCGCAAUCAAGAGGAAAGUCUGUGUGCUGAUAUCUUUGCUCGAGUUUCCGAAGCUUAUUUUUUUGAUGGAAUGGCGGACUACCAGCAUGUGAUUCCUGUUCAUGCUGAUGUUGCCCGGAGGAAGAAGCGUAACUGGUCAGAGCUGGAAGAACCGCAUUUUGAUAAGGGUGGUUUCAUGGAUCCGGAUCAUGAGGAAGUUAUGAUUAUAGUGCCUCCAAUUUUUGCUCCAAAAGAUGUGCCAGAAAAUUUAGUCUUGAGACCAGCUGCUGUGCCAAGUUCAAAAAAGAAACAAGAGGAAGUUGUACAAGACCAUUUUGAGAUAGACACGGAGAUGGAGCCAAUUCCUAAAAAGGUGAAUUGGGAGGAAUACAUACCACAAGGCUCAGAUCAGUGGGAGUCACAGAUGGUUGUAUCUAGAAUGUUUGAUGAGCGACCUAUAUGGUCCAAAAAUUCGCUUACUGAACGCCUGCUCAAUAAGGGCUUAAGCUUUUCGCAUGGCAUGCUCCGAAGGCUUCUAUCUAGAAUUUCUUACUACUUUUCCAGUGGCCCAUUUCUAAGGUUCUGGAUCAAGAAAGGAUAUGAUCCACGCAAAGAUCCCAAUUCUCGCAUUUAUCAAAGAAUUGAUUAUCGAGUACCUGUCCCAUUACGAGGCUACUGUGAUGCUAAUUCAGCCAAUAAAUCAAAACAUAAAUGGGAGGAUAUAUGUGCCUUUCGUGUUUUCCCUUACAAGUUCCAGACUUCCUUACAGUUUUUUGACCUUGUUGAUGAUUAUAUUCAAUCAGAAAUACAUAAGCCUCCACUCCGAGCAACUUGCACUUUUGGAACUGGGUGGUUCUCACAGCACAUGAUCAAUUGUAUCCGACAACGUCUUAUGGUGCGAUUCCUAUCAGUAUUUCCCAAGCCUGGUGCUGAGAAUUUACUCAAAGCUGCUACUUUAAAGUUUGAAAAAUUGAAGAGGGAGAGCUACAGGCAUGCCAUGAAGCUCGAUGGAGAAGAAUGCCAACAAUCUAAUACAGAUUUGGAAGAGCAUGAAGAACUUGACAACGGUGAAGAUGAAGAGGAGACAGCUGAGGGUAAUGAUAGUGAAGAAGAAUGGGAAGAAGAACUUGAUUUGGCUGGAGAUAUUCAAAUGCCUCUGCCGCCUCAGUUUCAUCAAGGCUCUCCCAACUGGCAUUUUCGAAUUCCUUUACAAUAUUCAGACAUGAACAUUGAGAAUAUUUCAAGGACUCAUUUACAGGAACUUUUUGGCAGCUUCCGUCCUAAUGAAAUUGACGGUGCCUUUGGGCAAGCUAAUGGAAGCGACGAAGAAUAUCACAUAUACGAAGAAGAUAGUGAGGAAAAUUACUCCGAUGAAUGA